ACUAGUCUUUGAGAUUGUUUUUUAAGGGAUACAGAAUUAGAUAUUUCAGCACUUUUGCGGUUGAACAAAUAGUGUUGAUCGAGACUAAUUCAAAUAUUUGGCCAGGAUUAACAAGAAAGUAUGGGUUGUGGAGCAUCAAAUGGCGCGCAAAUUAAAUCUUUAGAUUCCUUACCCUAUACGUUCAGGAUAAACACUGCUUGGGAACAAGCUCAAAAGAGCUGCAAGAAAAAUACGAAGAAGAAAUUGGUUGUUAACAGGAGUGGAUGGAAAACUGUUAGAAUCUUUGUGUCAUCAACAUUUAGAGAUUUUCAUGCAGAAAGAGAAAUUUUAGUUAAACAAGUCUUUCCUGAUUUGAGGACAUGGUGUGAAAACAGAACAUUACACCUCAUAGAAUGUGACCUAAGGUGGGGAGUUCCAAAGGAUUCUACAACGGAGCAAACUCUCAGGAUCUGUUUAGAAGAGAUUGACAGGUGUUACCAAGAAAAUGUAUGGCCUUUUUUCAUUAACAUGACAUCGGAGAGAACUGGUUGGGUACCAGACGAAGACAUUAUUCCCGAAUAUGUGAAAAAUCAUUACCAAUGGAUAGAUGGAUUAAGUGUCACAGAAAUGGAGAUUAUGCAUGCGGCUUAUCGUAUAGAUAAUCCAAAUGCUUUAUUUAUGUUCCGAGAUGCGAAAUUUUUACAACUCCUUCCUAAGGAUGUGAAAUCUGAAUUUACCGAAUUAGAAACAGAAGUAGAAAGUCACUAUAAACUUAAAGUACUGAAAGACAACAUAACGAAAAAAUUUGUAAGUACACUUUUAACUAAAGAAGGUUCCAUAUACUAAUAUAUAUACAGUAUAUAUAUUUAGAACUUUGUCACCUCACAAGCAGAUGGCGCCUCCUAAAAGACAAUUUGGUUUAAUGCAGUCGUAUAAAUUGUGUCUGUGUAGUGACAAAAAUGUCAAUAUAGCAGACAACAACUACGUUAAUGUUAUUUUCCCACUUGUUAAGAGAUAAAAUUUACCUGUAAUACGGUAGUUUUUUAUUUUAAUAGAAAUCAUUAAUUUUCAAUAUAUUUAUUAAAUCAAUAAUGGAGGAAUUAAAAGUAAACACAUAUAAUGUUGCUAUAAACAUACAAAAAAAAACAAGGAAUUAACGACAAUAACGAACAAAGGGUACUAUUUUGACCCUAUUAUAUUUCUCAGGGAAGUUUACAAAACUCAUAUUGUUCAGGAUAUUUUUAUGUCUAUAUGUAUAUUCUUUUUAAUGAAAUGACAUAUUACAAAUUGUCUUUACGCAAUCAUAACUAAACAUUGCAUAUCAGAUCUUUUCUGUAUACGAUGUUCGAAUUGUAAAAUGAAUUUCGUAUCUAUUGAUUUCUCCAUAGAUUAAAAUCGAUUUAGAACGUAGUGUAUUUAAAGAUUACUUUUAAUUGAUUUUAUUGCUUUCUCUAAAAUGAAUUUAAUAUUGAAAUAUCAAAACAGAAGGACAGAGUGAAAACGUACCAAGUAGGAGAAGUUACAUAUGAUGAAGAAACUAAUCAAGUAGAAUUUUCUGGAUUGGACGAUUUUGCAUCAAAAGUAUUUAGUUUCUUUAAAAAUAGGAUAGAAUUUCAAUAUCCUCUUGAAAAACGAGGCGAUAUGAAUAUUUAUACAAGGAGAAAAGAACAACACGAAUCUUUUAUGAAAAGUAGAAGUGAAGAUGUCCUUGGAAGAGAUGAUAUCAUAAAAGAAAUGGAAGCCUACUUGUACGAUUCUUCCGCAAACGUCCCCUAUCUUGUUUUGGGUAAUGCUGGAAGUGGAAAAUCAUCAAUUCUUGCAAAACUUGCACAUAAUGCAUUGGAGAGAAUUACUGCAGGUGAUAUAAAACCAUUCAAAAAUAGAGAAUGGAGGAUGUUUUGCCAUUUUGUUGGAGCAGUUCCAGGCUCUACUGCUGUUGACGAUAUGAUUCUUCGCCUUUAUAAAGAGAUAACUGGUAAGGAAAUAAAAGAAAAUGAACGAUCAAACGCAGUUCAAGUUGUAUCUUCACUAUUGGCAAAUGACAAUAUUAACCCCACCAUCAUAAUUAUUGAUGCUUUAAAUCAGUUUGAUAAUGAUGAUGAUGGAGCAAAAUACGUUACUUGGUUGCCUAAAAAACUGUCGUCGGGAAUAAGAAUUAUCCUAUCUAUGAUUAACGGAACGCAGCAAGCAGAAGUUUUAGAGGGGAGAGAACCUAAGCCCAGAACAUUAAUUGUUUCAGAGUUAAAUAGUGAAACUCGAACAGAAAUAGUAACAACACUACUUGGAAAAUACAACAAACGUUUGGAUGAAGAUCAAAUGGAAGUACUACUGUCCAAGAAAUCAUCCCAUAAUCCUCUUUGGCUAUCCAUUGCGUGUGAAGAAUUGAGAGUGUUUGGUAAAUUUCGGGAAAUUUCAAACAAAAUUGACAUUUUGGAGGAUGGACUAUUAGAAUUAGAGGUACAAGUUUUAAGUAGGUUCGAAGAGGAAAAUGGCGGGAAUUUAAUGAUUGCCACUCUCUGCUUAAUUGAAGUUUCCGGUAUGGGACUACUCGAAACUGAAUUGCUAACACUUUUAGGUCAUGAAGAAAUUUUAAAUUUAUCCAACGAAAAAGAAGAAAUGGAAUGCAGUGAAAAACCAAUAAAUCAUAAUAAAAAAUUACCUGCCUUUAAAUGGGCCGAAGUUUUUAGAGCCUUAAAACCUUUUAUUAGACCCUUUGGUGAUAGUGGCGAAGGCAGAUUGGAUUUUUAUCAUAGAUCUUUCAGUAAAGCAGUAAGAAAAAGAUAUCUCGAAAAAGCCGAUGGAACUGAAAAUACUGGCAUUAAAAAGUUUUGGCAUUCACUUCUGGCUAAUUUUUUCCUCUCUUCAAAAAACUUCGAUAGAAAACUUGAAGAAUUACCAAUUCAUUUGGUGGCUUUGAAACGAAAACAAGAUCUUUGCGGCUUUCUCUCAGACUGGGAUGUUAUCAAUAAACUUUACGAUACAAUUUUUAGCAAAAAACUUGUAGACUAUUGGCGACAAGGAUGCUCCUUGACUGAUAUGAUUGAAACAUAUACAAAUAUGGCCGAGAAUAUUCUGAACAAGGGAAAAAAAACGAAAAAUGAUCACUUGGAAGCAAGUAUAUAUCUUGAAAAAUUAUCAAGUUUGCUCACGCAAGGAGGAGAGUAUAAAUUCUCUGUCGAGUUAUGUUCUAAAGCUAUAUCCGAAGCUCAAGAGGGCAAAGCGGAAGAUAUUCGAAUGGCGAACCUCUAUUAUUUAACGGGUUAUAUUCUAGAUGAAAAGUUAAAAUUAGAUAAUUACAUCGAGCGGAGUCAUACAGCAAUUAUAAAAAAUAUUCUUGAAAACUUUGAAAAAGCAAUUGAAAUUUGGAGAUUGAAUAAAGAUAAAGAAAUCAGGCACAAAUUGGCACGAACACUAGAUAGGUCUGCAUUUCACUACACAGGUCUACAAGAAUCCCUUGACGGCCAACAAUUCAGAGAAAAGAGUAUUGAAUGUAAUAAGGAAGCUAUUGCUAUUUUUAGGGAGCUGGGUGAUAGACUUAUGGAAGGAGAUUGUUUAACUACAAGAUCUCUAGCUUGUGUGAGAGGUGAUCCUGAACAAGCAAAAUUUUAUGAUCUAGCUCUAGAAAUGCUUACUCAAAAUGGAGGAGAUAUGAAUUUACAGAUCCAUCGUUUGUAUUUAAAUUAUGGAAUUUAUUACGAAGAUAUUAGAAGCUAUGAAAAAGCUUACGAUAUGUUCAGAAAAUGGUAUGAUCUAGGUAUUGAACUAUUUGGUUUUACUCAUCCGAAAGUAAAAAGAGCUAUCGAAACAUUAAACGAACCAAUCUAUCAUAGAAUUGCUAGGAUCAGAAAGGAUCCAAUUCCAAAUGCCUAUGAAAAAGUUGAAGGAGAAAAAACCUAAAAUUCAUUUAAGUAGCCGAAAACACUACUCUUUAUAAACUGAUUAAUAAAAAAACAUAUUUAAAUAUAUUUUCACUGUUACAGAUAUAUUUAUAAAAUAUUUGAAGGCACUUUUAAUAAAUUGAAAAUUAUAUGAUUGUAUAGUAUUUAGCUAAGCUGAUCAUGAUAGAUUUGCUUAUUCUGCUUAUAUCAUAAAUAAUUCAAUUUGGAAGUAUAGUAUUAUGAUCAAUGACAAUAUAAAAGGUAUGCUAUUGAAUUCAAUACACCUACGUUAGAAGUAUGAAUACUUUUGAAUGCAUUUAAAAGCAAAAUUUUUAUAUAUAGAAAGCUAGAAAAUAGUGG